UUGUCAGGAGGUUUCACUGGGUGGUAUUUAAAUGCCAAGAGCCCUUCUUACUCUGUCACUGAACUUUCCUAGUUGUUUCCCGGGAUGGCUCAGAUUUAUCACAACAUUGGCCGGCUUGCGUGGUUCCUGGUUUGCUUGCAAUGGUCUUGGAUCCCAGCUGAGAGUGGAAAGCUGCUGACUGUUCCUGUCGACGGGAGUCAUUGGCUCAGCAUGCAGACUAUACUGGAGGAGCUUCACGAGAGAGGACAUCAAAUUGUUGUCGUUUACCCUGAAAACACUCUGACGAUUAAGACAUCCCAUCACUACACCAGCAAGACUUAUUUCAUUCCCUUCAGCAAUGAAGAAGUGGAGCAGAUACACAGAAAUCUGAUAAAGGUGGCUUUUUUCAAUGGGACUGCUUUUGAGCAAGUUUGGAGGACAAUGGAGCAUAUGAAUGGGUACAGGCAGUUUGUCCUGUCUAACUGUGAGCAUUUCCUGUUCAACGCAGAGUUGAUGCAGGAGCUGGCUGAAGAAAAAUUUGAUGCCCUACUGACAGACCCCUUUUCCCCUUGUGGUGUGAUCAUUGCUGAGUAUCUCUCUCUCCCCACCGUCAACUUACUGCGAGGAAUCCCUUGCGGUUUGGAAUACUCAGCCACUAAGUGUCCCAGACCACUCUCGUUUGUCCCAAGAACUUUCACAGGGAACACUGAUCGAAUGACUUUUCUCCAAAGGGUUGGAAACCUGAUGAUUAGUUUUUUGGAUCCAUUGAUAUGUCACUUUGUGUAUUCGUCAUUUGAAGAGUUGGCCACCAGGUUCCUCCAGAGAGAUGUGAGUCUAGUCCAGCUGCUGGGCCAGUCUUCCAUCUGGCUACUGCGAUACGACUUCAUCCUGGAGUACCCGAGACCCCUGAUGCCAAACAUGGUCCUUGUUGGAGGCGUCAACUGCAACGAGAGGAAACCCUUGCCCCAGGACCUGGAAGACUUUCUGAACAGUUCUGGAGAACAUGGUGCUGUGAUCUUCUCCUUAGGAUCCAUGAUUUCUGACAUGCCAAUCUCAACAGCCAACACGAUUGCAGAAGCAUUUGGUCAAAUUCCUCAGAAGGUGGUGUGGAGACACAGUGGAGAAAGACCCUCAAAACUGGAACCCAACACCAAGCUGGUGGAAUGGCUGCCACAGAACGAUUUACUGGCACAUCCCAAAACACGAGCUUUCCUGACCCAUGGAGGGGCACAUGGAAUCUACGAGGCAAUCUGCAAUGCUGUACCGAUGGUCAUGAUGCCAUUAUUUGGAGAUCAGAUGGAUAACACGCUACGUAUGAUGCGUCAUGGGGCUGGGGUUAUCUUGAAUUUGAAGGAUAUCACUUCCCGGGAUCUUGUGGAUGCAUUAAACAAUGUUAUCAAUGACAUCAGAUACAAGGAAGCCAUGAUGAGGUUGUCUUCACUGCACAAGGAUCGCCUGGUAGAGCCCCUGGAGCUCUCUGUCUAUUGGCUGGAGUUUGUGAUGAAGCACAGAGGUGCCAAACAUUUGCAGACUGCAGCACAUGAUCUGAACUGGAUCCAGUACCACUGCCUGGAUGUCAUCGGCACCCUUCUUGCUGUGGCCCUGCUGCUUGUCUACCUGGUGAUCAAGUGCUGCUCAGUCUGUCUACGCAAAGUGAAGGGCCACAGAAAGAACAAACUUGACUGAAGAACCUUCUUGAGAUGAGGCUUCCCCUGGUCAUCUGAUUGUCUGAUGGACUAAACCUUACCUCCAGAGUCGUAUGACUGACUCAAACCACAGUGGCCACUGCUACCUCUUGCCAAUCUUCACAUCCUUUCCCCUUCCAUUGGUGGUUGUGCCUUCAGCAUCUAAGUUCUGCUCUGCAUUUCUCUCCCAAAACGCCUCUGCCUCUCCCUCCUCCUCUAGACUUUCCUUUCCUCUUUGACCAAUUUUUGGAGACCUCCCUGAAUAUUUACUAAUGUAGCUCAUUGUGGAUUGUUGUUUGUAACUGCAGCUGUGAAGCUCCUUUAGAUAUUUGAUAAUGUUUAAUAUACCAUUUAAAUGCAA